AUGAAGAUGACCAGUGAGGCCGCAUCCCUGCAACCCUUGAAACAAGCAAUGAAAAGGGUAGAGAAAAAACUUCAGACUUUGGAGACACAGUUUGAAGAAUUGGACUCUGCCAUGGAAAAUCUGACUCAAAAGUUUGAAUUUCACAGAAAGACUCUGGAAAGCCAGGCAGUCCAAGAUGAGAUGUGGACAGCCGUUCUGGAGAUCAAGUUCACUUCUUUGGAAUUAAAUAUCUUCUACAGCUACAUCAUUGAAACGCUUCAUUACCUACACUCUCAGGUACUGGAGAAACUUCCAGACCUGGAAAGGGGGCUUCCCACUUUAGCAACUGUUCUUAAGCGAAAAAACAAUAACAAACGUAUUACAGUUGCAUGGGACACAGUUUUAGGGGCGUUAGGACUUCAGGAAGAAGAUGUCAAAGCCUUCUGUACUUUCUUUAUUGCACAUAGCAGCAAAGCAGAAUACUAUUCAGCUAACCUGAGGCGGAUGUACAUCCCUGAUGCCACCCCCAUAAUAACCAAUAUGGUGAAGAACCAGAUUUUGCAGAAGAGUUUGCUGCAUGCAGUUCAGAUAACAGAGAAUAAGAAAACUAUUAGAGCAUAA